GUGUGGGUUCCUGCUGUACCCAGCAGACUCCUUUGCAUCACUGGAAUACAGUCCAAUGCCUGUGUCAGAUGAGCAAAGGACACAAAAAGCAAGCUCACGGUUUGUUAGUGACCCGCCAACCCAUUUCACCAGAGGGGCAGGAGUUCUGAAGUACAGUCGGGAGCCUGAAAGCAUGGACAUACUGGCAUCCCUCCCAGAUGUCCAGCAGCAAAGAAACUUCCCAAUAAAGUGUGCCUAUUGUGGGGAAAAUCCCUACCCCUCACUGGAUUCACCAGAGAUGCAGGAUCCAGAGAUAGCGCCACGGUUCUGCUGUGCCCAGCGCCAGCAUCUGUGCCGGAAGCUGGAGAAAAAGAGAUUCCUGUUUGAGGCUGGAUGUGAGGGGAGGAUUUGUAAUCUGAUGUCGGAGAAUGACCAGCCAGCAACGGAAAGCAGAGAGAGGUUCUGUCCGAGCAAGGAGAUGGAAGAUCGCAAUCGGUUCACCGUCGGCUUUAAAAGCGGACUGGGAACACAAUCAGGUCUGAGAACCGCCACCAAUCACACCAAUCGACAUGCAGCAGAGACCACUUCCCCUGCAGCAAACGCCCUUCACUUCAGACUCUCCUGCCCUCCUUGGAAGGACUGCUGGAAGGUGCACCUGGGAGAGGACACUGAAGAGGCUUUGACAGUGAAACAAGACGAACAAGCGUCCCAUCCUCAAUGUGAUCACAGUCCAGCUCACUUUGGUUUGGGCCACUACCAGGGGAGAGGACUUCUGCAGAAGUUUUAUUCCAGUGGCAAAAAGUUCCUGGACGCUUUCCCGGAUGGCUCUGCUCAGGUCUUCUAUCCUUCAGGCCUGUUGGCCGUCAUCGUUGUGGUCUCCAGACACAAAGGCAGAGUCUGCCUUGUUUAUGACGACAUCAGCGCUCCCCGUCAGCCUCUUAGAGCCGUCUUCCAGUGUGAUGGCAGGGCAGCAUGUUACCACAGCAAUGGCAGCAUAUGGCUGGCCCUGAACGCAUCCGGUGGUCAGUGCUUGAACGAUGCUGGGGCCAAAACACGCCGGUGGAGUUGGAGGAGCGGGGGUAAAGCCUCCAUUCAGCCCAUCGCCCUGAUGCUCAACCAAAGCAUCGGAGUACGAGUCUCUGUGGACCGAAAGGUGUUUGUGUCCUUCUUGUCCAGAGGGCAGCAGGCAAAGUUCAGCAUGGGUCCCUGCUGUGCUCAGGGAGAACAUAGAGCGGCUGGUUCCAGAUCAGCGGGUGUGAAGGAGGAGAUGUUGGUGUUGGUAACCCAGAUGAAGAUCCACCUGGCGACCCAGCAUCUUCACCGAUGCCUGGGAGCGCCAUCCAAUCGUCGGUCUCCAGAGAUCAAGCUCACUCCGCGCCUCCAUGUUGCUGCGCGAAGACUUCUGGGAGUUGGUGGAGACGAAGGGUUGACCGAUGGGGACAAAGCCUUCAUCCGUGGGUGCCUGAAGGACUGCUGA